AUGGUUUCUAAGCUCUUGCGGUUGCGAGAGAGGGCAACGGAAGCAUCGACAUGGGAAUUGUUGCGGGAGAUGCAACGAGGCCCUUCUGGUGUGACUUGGGCUGGCCGUUGGAGCUCCGCGGUUCGACUGUUAGGCCCAAGUCGCGACAAAGUCGACUUUGAGUGGUUGAUCAAGCAGCUGGCGAGGGCCUUUGGGAACGAGUUCUUCGACAAGAAGUUCGACAGAAGUGUGGCGGAAAUGACCAAAGAAAGUGUCGAGACGACGUGCAAGGCUCUCCUCGCCACGAGAAGGUUGAUGGCACGGCUAGUGAAAGAAUGCAGUGCUCCCGGCCAGAGCAGAAAGUGGCUGGACUCCCUGGCCGGCAUGCUUUCGCCUGAGAGGAUACACGUCUCCACCGCGACGGACGUCUCCGACGACUUCCUCGCGACGGCGAUGCUCGGAGCGACGGACAGCGAGGCCGGGGUGCUGACCUUGCUCAACGACCUGGCCAACUUGAAGUACCUGAAGGCAAUCGGGGCUGUCGCGGCCUAUGUGAACACUUCGUCAUCCCAGUGGAGCGACCACAGAAUCCAAAGCAUCGUCUCCGAAACGGUCCAGGCGUACGGGAAAGAGCACCUGCGACCGAUCGUACCGCCGGCUGUGACAGAGCCCCCACCUGCUCCUGCUGAGGAGCCGGAGACUGCUGCUUGGAACGACGCAGAUGUUGCUGCUGCUGGUCCUGGUUCUUCAACUUCGGCCCCUGCCACGGCGGUGCUUCGUGACCAAAGGCUGCGAGAGGCGGCUACACACGAAAUGCAGAGGUACUCCAAGAUGUUGGUUGUGAGCGACCUCGUCGACGCCAACGGUGUCCAGUCUGUGCUUUCUCCGAGCCCUGGCUGUUUGGUAAAAAAUCUUGAAAGACAGCUGAACCUAAGACCUAAGGAUGUUGAAGAUGCUGCAGCCCCGCAUGGCCAGCGAGCAGGAGCACCGGGUUUGGGUGUUCGACAGUGCCAUGUUGAUGGAGACGGGUACUGCAUGGAGCAAAACCCAUAA